AACUUUAGUUUCUAACAAAUCGCGAUCGUGAACUAUUCAAAAUUCAAGAUGGCCAAGUGCUACGAUGGUGGCUUCCAGUGUUGUCGUUAUUUUUAGUUAUUUUGUGUGAAAAUUGUGGAUUUUCGCAAUGGCUGACUUAAGUGUUGAUAUAUCAAAAUUACCUGACGAUGUGAAAGAUAAAUUGGCCGAGUUGGAGUUGGAGUUAUCCGAGGGGGACAUCACACAGAAAGGAUAUGAGAAGAAGCGGACGCGGCUGCUGGCGCCGUUCCUGCCGCAGCAGCAGCCACAAGCCGGUGCGAUGGGGCUGCGCAACCCGCGCGGCGAGGGGAGCGGCGGCGGAGGCGGCAGCGGCGGCGGGGGCGGGGGCAGCGGCGGCGGCAGCGCCAGCGGCAGCGCCAGCAGCCGCCAGCAGACCCGCUACCGCCGCACUCACCGCCGAGUCACCCACAACGAGAAGAGAUACCACUCAGAAGUGAGGCAGGAGGCGGUGCAGCAGGCGCUGGCGGAGAUGCAGACACGGCCCAAGCCCUCGCUGCCCAUGCCCUCCAAGAGGACCUCCAUGAUGGCCAAGAGCCCCGACCGCGACCGACACGAACUUUCUUCCAGCUCUGACGACGACUCCUGCGCGGGCGACGAUCUGCCGCCGCCGCCGGAGCUGGGGUCGCCCCCCGCGCGCCGCCCCGCUGCCCCGCGCCCCCCGCUCAACCUCAACCCCGUGCGCGAGCGAGAGCGCAUGCGCGACGACCGUGAGAGGGAGAGGGAGCGCGAACGCGAGCGCGAGCGAGCCAAGAAACACGAGCAACCGCCCAGGACCGAGAUCGACCUGUCUGAGCUCAACCAACAUAUGCCCACGUACAUCCAACCAGACGUGACUCAUACGACAUCAGGAGCCCGCCGUGGUCAGAACAACGUGGUAGCCGACAGGGUACAAUGUUUUACCCAGAGCGAGGACACAGGCACCGGCACUGGCCGAUGGAAGGUCUCCGCCAAAAUACAGCAGCUGUUGAAUACCUUGAAGCGGCCCAAACGCCGCCCGCUCCCGGAAUUCUAUGAGGAUGAUGAUAUAGAACUGGAGCUGGCGGCCAAUCCGAAGGACCCCAACGCGCCCAAGCCCGAAGGCGGCACAAUGACCCCAGCCGUCGGCGAGCAACUAGUAGUCCCCGCCGGCGUCCCGCGGACUCUCGAGGCAGCUCUUCAACGCUACGGCACCGCCAGCUUCAAGGCCAACGUCGCCACCGUGCUCGACCCCAACGGGAAACUCAGCAACUCUCUCACUUACGGCAAGCUGCUCAGCCGCUCGCUCAAGAUCGCGCACGCGCUGCUCAACAAGACCUUCACAUCCAAGACCAGCAGCGCCGGACCUCUCUCCGGAGACAGCUCCAUCAAACCCGGGGACCGCGUAGCACUGGUCUACCCCAACAACGACCCGAUCAACUUCAUGUGUGCACUAUACGGCUGUCUUCAAGCCGGGGUUGUGCCGGUCCCGAUAGAAGUGCCUCUGACGCGCCGCGACGCUGGGUUGCAGCAAGUCGGGUUUCUGCUGGGGUCGUGCAGCAUUCAGUAUGCGCUGACUAGUGACAAUUGCUUGAAAGGGUUGCCAAAAGCGUCAUCCGGCGACGUGGUGUCCUUCCGCGGCUGGCCGUCCCUUCAGUGGGUGUCAACCGAGAAGCUGCCGCGGCCGCCUCGUGACUGGAUCCCGCCGCCGCGCCCGGCCGACGACACGCCGGCCCACAUCGAACACACGUCUGCUGCCGACGGGUCCGCCAUGGGCGUUAUUGUCACUAGAGCGGCGAUGCUGGCCCACUGCCGCAUGCUAUCAGUGGCCUGCCAGUACACCGAGGGGGAGCACAUGGUGUGUGUGCUGGACUUCAAACGCGAGACCGGCCUGUGGCACGCGGUACUCACGAGUGUCCUGAACGGCAUCCACGUUAUCUUCAUACCGUACGCCUUAAUGAAGAUAAGCCCUGCAUCGUGGAUGCACAUGAUUACGAAGUAUAGGGCUUCAGUGGCUAUCGUGAAAUCGCGUGACCUGCAUUGGGGGCUGUUGGCCACUCGCGACCACAAGGAGAUCGCUCUAAACUCUCUGCGGAUGCUCCUAGUGGCCGACGGGGCCAACCCCUGGUCGCUUUCCAGCUGCGACCAGUUUCUAUCGGUGUUUUCCAGCAAAGGGGUGCGCGGCGACGCGAUCUGCCCAUGCGCCUGCAGCAGCGAGUCUAUGACGGUGUGCGUGCGACGCGCCGGCAAGAGCGGCGCGACCGCCGGCCGCGGCGUGCUGUCCAUGUCGGGGCUCAGCUACGGCGUGGUUCGAGUGGACGCCGAGAACUCGCUCACGUCGCUCACGCUGCAGGAUUGCGGCCAGGUCAUGCCGUCCUGCGUAAUCGUGGUGGUUAAAAUGGAGGGGCCAUCAUUCCUGUGCAAGACGGAUGAGGUUGGCGAGAUCUGCGUGUUAUCCGGGGCAACCGGAUCUGGAUAUUGGGGACUUCCGGGGCUGACCAAUACGGUGUUCCGCGUCCGCCCAUUGGACGCCGACGGGGAGCCAAUAGGCGAAGAGCAUUACGUGCGCAGCGGACUUCUUGGAUUCUUGGGGCCUGGGGGCUUAGUGUUCGUGUGCGGCUCGCGCGACGGUCUGAUGACGGUGACGGGGCGCAAACACAACAUGGACGACAUCAUCGCCACGGUCCUGGCCGUGGAGCCGAUGAAGUUCAUCUACCGCGGCCGCAUCGCCGUGUUCUCUGUGCGGGUGUUGCGGGACGAGAGGAUCUGCAUCGUGGCUGAGCAGCGCCCCGAUUGCGGGGAGGAGGAGUCAUUCCAAUGGAUGUCUCGAGUGCUCCAAGCCGUAGACUCGAUCCACCGCGUCGGCAUCUACUGCCUGGCUCUCGUUCAGCCGAACUACCUCCCGAAGACGCCGCUAGGGGGCAUCCAUCUGAGCGAAUGCAAGCGCCGGUUCCUGGACGGCACCCUGCACCCCGCCAACGUGCUGAUGUGCCCGCAUACUUGUGUCACCAACCUGCCCAAGCCAAGGGAGAUACAUUCCGAUGUGGGCCCGGCCUCGGUGAUAGUGGGCAACCUGGUGCAGGGCAACCGACUGGCUUCAGCACAGGGCCGCGACAUGGGCUACUCCGACGACUCGGACGCCGCUAGGAAGUACCAGUUCAUCAGCCAGAUCCUCCGCUGGCGCGCGCAGAGCACGUCCGACCACGUCAUCUUCACGCUGCUCAACUCGAAGGGUUCCGUCGCGAAGGCGCUCACCUGCGUCGAACUACACAAGAAGGCCGAACGCAUCGGGAACCUGCUUCUAGAGAAGGGAAGAGUCAACACCGGCGACCAUGUGGCUUUAAUCUUCCCGCCGGGAAUAGAUCUGAUCUGCGCGUUCUACGGCUGUCUGUAUGUCGGUGCGGUGCCGGUGACCAUCCGCCCGCCGCACCCGCAGAACCUGCACACCACGUUGCCGACUGUGCGCAUGAUCGUGGACGUCAGCAAGGCCACCCUCGUGCUGUCCAACCAGUCCGUCAUCAAGCUGCUCCGCUCCAAGGAAGCCACCAGUGUGCUCGACAGCAAGGUCUGGCCGCUCAUCCUCGACACCGACGACAUGCCCAAGAAGAAGCUGCCCAUCAUGUACCGAGCCCCCACAGCGGAGAUGCUCGCGUAUCUAGACUUCAGUGUAUCAACUACCGGCAUGCUAGCCGGCAUCAAGAUGUCUCACGCGGCCGUCACCACGCUCUGCCGCUCAAUGAAGAUCGCUUGUGAGCUGUACCCUUCGCGACACAUUGCUCUCUGCCUCGACCCCUACUGCGGACUCGGGUUCGCUCUGUGGUGCCUCAGCAGCAUCUAUUCAGGCCACCACUCUAUCCUGAUCCCGCCAUCCGAGGUAGAAGUGAACCCGGCGCUCUGGCUGACCGCUGUGUCGCAGUACAAAGUUCGCGACACCUUCUGCUCUUACGGAGUAAUGGAGCUAUGCACCAAAGGACUGGGCAGUUCCGUGAACACCUUAAAGGCCAAAGGCAUCAACUUGGCUUGUGUAAGAACCUGCGUAGUAGUCGCAGAAGAGAGGCCACGCAUAAACCUGACCAACUCGUUUUCGAAGCUGUUUUCCGCGCUGGGGUUAUCGCCACGUGCCGUAUCGACAUCCUUCGGGUGUCGUGUGAACAUCGCGAUCUGCCUGCAGGGGGCGUCUUCGCCGGAGCCGUCGACCGUGUACGUGGACCUGCGGGCUCUGAGGAACGAUCGCGUCUCGUUGGUGGAGCGAGGCAGCCCGCACUCGCUGUGCGUCAUGGAGUCGGGGAAACUGCUGCCGGGAGUCAAGGUGAUAACAGCGAACCCGGAGACGAAGGGCCAGUGCGGGGACUCGCACCUCGGCGAGAUCUGGGUGCAGUCGAGUCACAACGCGAGCGGCUAUUUCACCAUCUAUGGGGAUGAGUCGGACUAUGCGGACCACUUCAGCGCGCAACUCGUUACUGGGAACACCGGCGAGGUAUACGCCCGCACAGGCUACCUAGGCUUCCUGCGCCGAACGGAGCUCACAGCGACCGCGUCGACGGACGACACGGCGUCCAUCCUGACGCGCGACAGCGACACGGAGUCCCUCGCCUCAGCCUGUAGCGCCGGGCCCGAUGCCCAUGAUACUCAUGAUGCGGUGUUUGUCGUCGGCGCUCUAGACGAGACUAUCAUGUUGAGGGGCAUGCGGUACCAUCCCAUAGAUAUCGAGAACUCGGUCAUGCGGUGCCAUAAGAAGAUUGCUGAGUGCGCGGUGUUCACGUGGACGAACCUGCUGGUGGUGGUGGUGGAGCUGGACGGCAGCGACAGCGAGGCCCUGAACCUGGUGCCGCUGGUCACCAACACUGUGCUAGAGGAACAGCAUCUCAUCGUGGGCGUGGUGGUCGUGGUAGACCCCGGCGUCGUGCCCAUCAACUCGCGCGGCGAGAAGCAACGCAUGCAUCUUAGAGACGGCUUUCUCUCCGAUCAGAUUGACGCCAUCUAUAUAGCGUAUAAUAUGUAGAUUUUAGUCGUGGUAAGAAUGGUAUCGGAACGAAAUUGGUGGUAAGCUGGCAUUGGUUGGGAUUAGUGUGGUGGGGGAAAUGUGGCGCGUUGAGGUUUUAUUGGCGGUGGCGGCAUUGAUAGCAAGGUUGGGGGGGCUAGCGGUAUCGCCACCGCCUGUGAAGACUUUGACGUGAGAUUUUUCCGCUGCUGUAGCACGAGUGCCUGCUUGCAAUGUCUGAAUGAAAAGUUAAAUGUGUGCUGAUAAAAAUCAUUCUGUCAUCCUCUAAAACGUGAAUUUAAAGAGUGACAGCAUGGUUUUUAUGCCGCAGAUAACAUUUAUCCAGAUUUUGUGUAACAGGCGCAAGUCUAGAUUGUAUUGUGAAUGAUAGUGUGGAUGGGUUAUUGAACUGAACCAGAGCGGUAUGUUUGAGCAAUGCUCAUGAUUACUGAAGAAUCGAAUUGAUUGUAUACCCAGUGUCUGGAUAUUGAGUGUAAAUGUACUAGCUUACAGUAGGUACUAUUAGCUAGUACUUAUGUUUAACUUCUUAUCUGAUUAUUUACUAUUAUUGAUAUCCUAAUUCUAUAUUAUGUAUACUUUGUAAAAGUAUAAUAUUUUGUUAUGUUAUAUUCAAAUCGAAAUUAAUGUUUCGGCAUAGACUGUUUAUAAAUAAUUUAAGAUUAUAUAAUUUUUACUCUUAUAUCGACAUUUACUUUACACAUCUUGAUUUAAGUAUAACUUAUGUAAUUAUUAUCCUUUUAGUGAACAAAUUUCAAUUUCAGUUGAAUUUCAGCAUUUCUUUUUACAAAAAAGAAUAACCCGGAUAGUUAAUUUUGUCACCUAGAACAAAUAGAAUGUUAAUCUUACAUUAUAAUCAUAAAGUAAAUGUUAAGCUGGCCACCAACGAAUGUUCCAAAUGGGUUAAUCCAAAUGGAGAUGAAUUUGUUUCGCUACAAGUUCGCUAUCCAUGGAUGACAUCCAUUUGGAGCGAUCGAGGGUGGUCCUUUAAAGUAGUGAGUAGGAUUUCUCAUGUUGUUAGACGAUGGUUGCGUUGGAACAACAGAUUGCUAUUGUUUGACAGGGCAGUGUAAGCCGCGUGGACUAGAGGCCCGUGUUCCAACAGCCAUAUUUAAUUAUCUCAUUAUAUUGAUGUCUAAGGUUCAGUAUAUCGGAACCUCUCAAUGUUAUUUCACCACUAUUUGUGUCCAACGAUUCUUCAGAAUCUGAAAUAGAAAAUAAAUAUGUAACGGUUCUAAAAACAUGCUAUUCAACACCCGUAUAGCGGUGGCCAUAAUGUAUUAUGAAGUUUAAAUAAAGAUUAGCACAAAAAUA